AUGGAGUUCGAGAAUGGGAAUGUGCAUGUCAUCUCCACCAAAGAAGGAUGGGAUGAGGCAAUAUCAGAAGCCUACGAAAAUGGCAAGAUCGUAAGCUCCCCGGCUUGAAGCUUUGACUUAUGUGCUCGCAGUGGUGGAUUACCAGACCCAAAAGUCAACCACCCAGUUCUCAUGCGACGGCCUGUCUCACAUGCCGGAUGUUCUCUUUUGAGUUUCCCCCCACUCCCAGGUUGUGGCGAACUUCAGCGCCUCUUGGUGCGCUCCAUGCAGAUCGAUCGCUCCUCUUUACGGCGAAAUGUCUGAGAAAUUCCCUUCGCUUACUUUUGUGACGGUCGACGUCGACAAAAUGAUGGUGAGUGCAUCGUUCUCAUGGGGAAGACAACUAGAACGACCUAAGAGGAAGAGAGCGUCGUGUUGCAGGAGCUCAGUUCGUCAUGGGAAGUCCGGGCGACGCCGACCUUCUUCUUCCUCAGAGACGGCCGGCAGCUAGAUAAGCUCGUUGGUGCCAACAGAACGGAGCUUCUGCAGAAAGUAGCGGCGCUGGCUGAUCCAUCGACCCGCUCAUCCCAAAGGUCUCCCAGUCACUAA